AUGGCGCCGAAAAGGGCAGUGAAAGCAGUGAAACAGGAGAAGCAGGUGUGCGUGGAUGCUGCCGCGCAGGACAAGAAAAGGCAGAACGAUUUCGCGUACAAGCUGAUGAAGGCACCACAUCGCACCAAGGAGUUCUACGACAAAGGCCUGAAGCACCUCAAGGCGUCAAAGUCUGCGGAGAAGGAAGAGUUCAUUCGACAGACUCUCGCUACGGUGGACUCGCGCUGGUCCGACCUCGACCACGAUGACCCGACGACAAAGGAGCUCCCUGAGGAAGAGCAGCUGCAGUACAAGGUCGUUGAGAUAAAGAGCGUGACGGAAGUUGGCACAGUGAAUGAGGCGCGUCGCAGCACCAAGGGAUCAGGCGGCGAGGGGCCACCGCCACCGGAGGAGGAGGAGCAGCCGACCGAGGACAAGGCCAAGAUCUCCAAGAUCAAGAAGCAGCACAACGCGUACAGUCCUGUGACAGUCGACUUCAAGAUGAAGCUGGCGAAGUUCUCGGAUAACAGGCACGUUGAGCAGUUCUACGCGGAGGCAAACGCAAGCUUCAAGGCCGCGAAGAAGAAUGAUUCCAAGAUCAUCAAAUUCUUGGAGAAAGUAUCGCACGGCGACGCGAUCCCAACAGAGGAGGUCGAGAACGCCGCAGCGCUUGCAGAUGAGCUGAAGGACGACGUGGCCACGGUCAGGGAUUACCUGUCUAUGAUGGCCACGAUCGCAACGAGGUUGACCAAGAAGAGGGAGCGGUCUGCCGCCGCGGACACCGACGGGGAGGCCUGA